AGCAUAUUCAACAUCGCCAGCGCAUAUUCGACCGUGUCCGGGUGCGAAUUGGUAUAUUGAACCAAGAGCGACCAGAGAACACGCCGCCCAUCAUGUCCUCAAGACAGGCUGCGCUGUCGCUCUACCGCCGCUCGCUGAAGCUCGCCCUAGACUGGUCGGUACAGCGUCAUCUCUGGCGCGGCCAGGCUCUCUACAUCCGUUCGCUGUUCGAGAAGAAUCGGGAUGUCAGCGAUCCGAGAUUACAACGGGCGUUGCUAAAGGAGACCGAGAAGCUGCUGGAGAAGUGGAAACACCCGGACCCCUACGUCCACCCUACCGCUCCUGGAGGAUCGAAAUACGAGAGAAACCUCCCGGCGCCCCACCUGGAUCCUCCCCCCCCGCUCAAGUUUUGACGGGCUCUUUCGCGACGAAUCUCUUGUACAUAGGAAUUCGCAUAUAUCAAGGCAUGGGAAAGUCUGUGCGAUGCCGGGCUCAAAUGCACUUAUCAUCUUAAAGAGUACUAUGGCACUACUGGGUAAUCUGUGCGAUGCAAGAAUUUCGUAAGCGACAAGACUCUACGCGGUACCGUCAACGAGUCGCUUCCAAUGCAGACAUCAACUC